AUGGGACAAGGACAGGGGAAAAAUCGGCUUAUCGAAUUCUUAGUAGAAAAGAAACAGAAAUUUUCCCUGAUUAACAUAAAAAAUUCGGCACACAUUAAAGAUAUAUACAGCGGGCCAAAUAACCUUAUCAUUAUAUACGAAAAUGACGACUUUGAAAUUGUGGGGUUAAAUAAUUAUGGGCAGCUGGGUCUGGGCGACAAAACGAAUAGAAGCAAAUUGACGAUCAACCCAAUUCUGUCCAGGCAGAAAGUACGAAAGGUGUCAUGUGGGUAUGAACACAUCAUUGCCUUAAUGUGCAACCACAACGUUUUUGCCUGGGGAAAUAAUAACUGUGGUCAGUUAGGCAUCGGGAAUAACACGGAUGAAAUUUCCAUGCCAUUGCUCAUUUACUUUCAAGAAAAAGUCAUAGACAUUGCCUGUGGUAAAAACCACUCCCUUUUUUUGACCGAAUGUGAAGAUGGAAAUGGCGAGGGGUACUUGGAUGCAUCCAAGGUGAAGGUGAGGGAAGAAGGGGGGUCAUCCCCCCGCAUGAUGAAGGGGAAAAAGCAAGUCGGCUCAGGUUGUCUCAACGGACUUGACAUAAAUAUUAAUGAUGGGGAAGUGGGCAGCAGCCACGGCGAGGAGGGAAAAAAAGAAGACGGCGAUGAAGAUGCGGAUGAGGGUGCGAAGUAUUGUACUGACUCCUGUGAUGACUCCUCGGCUGCCUCUCAUGAUGACCGCCCCAACCGCCACAUCCUCGCCUGCGGCUGCGGGGCAGACGGAAAACUGGGCCUCAAGCGCGAGGAAAACGUGUACUUCCCCAAAAAAAUCGAAUUAAAAAAAAAAAUAAAAAUUACGAGCAUACACUCCAGCUACAGCCACAACGCCCUGCUAACGAGCAAAGGGCGGUUAUACACCUGGGGGGGCAACCGAAAUGGUGAGUUGGGCAUAAAAAGCAACAAGUCAAGUUACAAAAUUAAAAAAAUUGAUAUACCCCAAAAUGACACAGUGGUGAAGGUAUCCCUGGGGAAAUUAUAUUCAGCCUGUUUAACGAAAAAUCAUAUUUUUUACGUCUGGGGAAAUAACAUUCGGGGGAUUAAAAAAAUGAGCAACAUGGCCAAUGUGCGCAUUAGACAUUUCGCAUGCAAUGAGGAUAAUAUUAUCAUACUGACCGAAAAUGAAAAGCUGUUUUUAUUUGAUGCUUUUAAGAAGGUGCAAUGCAUGAACAAACUUUUGAAUACAAAAUUGGCCCAUAAUCAGAAGGGAAGCAAUCACCUUAUUAAAUACAACUUUGUGGGAAAUGGACGCAACUAUUUAUAUGCCUACAUUAGUAUGGGCACGAAAGAUGAUGUUAACAUCAAGGGGGAUCACAUUAACGUGGAAGCAAAUUGUGAGGACCACCAUUUGGUGGAGCGUGAGACAAGUGCAACUACUAACUUGGAAGAAAAGAAAAUGGCCUCCCCGGUGGAGCAUGAAGCAACGUUGGGACAGGCGGAAAUGAAGGGGGCACUCUCCUGUCAGAUGUAUGCAAACGAAGGUGCCCAUUUUGUGAAUACCCUAGAGAAUGGAACCACUCAAGAUGGAGCGUCUUUUUCAGGCGGCGCAGGAGGGGGAACAAAAAUGGGAAGUGCAGAUGACUAUGCAGUGCGGGCAAAAAAGGAACUUGAAAAAGGGGAAAGGUACGAAGGCGGGGGGAGGGAUGAAAAGCGCGAUGGAGUGGGAGAGGGGCAAACUGAAAUAGAGGAUGACUCAUUCCCCCGAGAAAGCGAUGCAAAGGACGAAUUGGAGAAAAAACAAAUUACGGAGGAAGAGACAUGUGUCGAUUUGCCCCUUCUUGAAGUUGAUAAGGACAGGCACUCCUCAACAUUCAGCAAAUUUAGGAAAAGUAAAAACAGAGAGGGACAAAACGAUUUGUAUUUGCAGGGCGCGCGAGAAGGGGGGCAAAAAAGGACAAACAAGAACGGCACUACUAAGGGCGAUAACAUACACCAUAAAGUACGCGAUCGUAAGAGGGACAAAAAAAAAGAAGCGAAACGCAGGAACGGUGUAGAAGAUCACCUCAUCCAAAACGUAGGCUAUAUGAAGGCAAAUUCCAUAAACACGGAAGAUGUAACCAUGGGGGGGGACUACAUACUGAAGCACACCGAGCACAUCAUUAACAGGAACAGGCAUUGUUUAGAUUACCUAUCAGUUGACGGAGAACUGGGUUUACACUGGGACAGUUUUGGCCACAAAAAAGGACAAAAUGCACAAAGGGGAAAUAAAUCUGGAGGUAAACACAGAGGAGGACACCCCAUGUCCACUGUUGGGGAAGAUCAAUACGCCCAGCUAAAUAUCGUCCUACUGAAGGAACUAACGAAACAGAAAAAAAUAAACGUCGUUUAUUGCCACCUGCUGAAUAGGCUGCAGAGGGAGCUAAACCAGUUGAGGGAGGAAAAAAAAAAUUUUAAGAAGAAAAUUUCGACUCUGCAAAAGUUUGCAAAUUUAAAGCGAAAUGUAGCCCCAGAUGGGGGGCAGGAAAAUGAAGGCGUUAAUUUCCAUUUGUGCGUAGGAGGGGGCGCGCAUAAUGAUGGCUUGGCAGACCGCGGCGGUGGCGGCGGUGGCGGCGGUGGUGGCGAUGGUGGCGAUGGAGGUAACCACGACCGCUGCUAUGACUACCGCUAUGACUGCCACCAUGACUGCCGCCGUGAGAACGGAAAUAACGGAGGCACCGGCACCUUUUCGCUAAACCAAUCCGCGGACCUAACAAAUUUCACAAGCGAAAACGCGCCGGGGGUCCCAAACAACUUGCAGGUUUUGGACCAAGUAGCCCCCGAUUUGUUCCUCAAAAGGAGAGAUGACCACAAUGAUAAUCCGAACAAUAUCCCAAUUUUUUUUUUGCAUAGUUAGAAGGAGCAGGGGCGCCCCUCUCGCUUUCCUAUUUGUUUUGCGCAUUAACAAUAAAGCGGGGGACGAGCAAAUGUUUUGUCAUCGCCGGAGGGGGGGUUUUGCGGCGCAAGGAACGUUAAAAAUGCGCUGUACAUGUGUGCAGGAAGGAAUAUUCGCCAGAGGGCUGUACAUAAAUAAUAUGCGCGCAUAAGCAGGUACUCCGUACGUAAGUAGUACCAUUUGUAUAUAUGCAUAUAUACAUAUGCGUUGUUCCCACUCCAUCAAAGCGGCCCCUCAUUUCAACAAAAAACAGCGUCAUUGCGUUGUGGGUAAAAUAAGUUGGGCCCCCCUCUUUUCCCUUUGUAAAGCUGCAUUUUUUAAUGGCCUGAUUUAUUUCCCGUUCGCCC